UGCGCUAUGGACUGCUGAACUUGACUGUGAAGGUGCUUUGAUGGCCAGGAAUCAGGCAUCGGAGUCCCUGGACUUCGUACCAUGGCAGCUUCAGCACGGCCAAAGUUGACCCCAAGCCUUGAUGCCAAAACUUUUGGGAAGUGGUACUGGGAGGUGAAGGAGCUGGUUGCUUUUCUUAGGGAGCAAGGCUUGUCAAGCACCGGGCUGAAAGCUGACCUCACAAAACGGGUCCGUGAAUUCCUUAGUACCGGAGAUGUGGCAGAGCGACGAGCUGCGCCUGGCAAAGGACCUCGCGACAGUGCGAUUCCAGGUGGAUUGAAGUUGAGUACGCCGGUGCAAAAUUACAACAAUGAUGCUGCCACACGCAGUUUCUUUGAAAAACACCUCGAUGGCUUCCGUUUCAAUGAGUACCUCCGUGGCUUUGCCAAGGGAAUCUCUGGCCAGAAAAUCACCUAUGGCGAUUUGGUUGAAGGUUGGAAGAAAGCAGAGAAGAAGCGAAGCGAAGGCAAACAAGAGAUUGGCAAACAGUUUGAGUAUAAUCAAUUCACGCGAGACUUCUUUGCAGCCAAUUCCGGUGGUUCUCGGAAGGAGAUGAUGGAGGCUUGGAGGACAAUCCGCAAUUGCGAAGGUCCUAAUACGUACAAGGAAUUUGCCCGGCGCAACAAGAGAAAACGCAGCUAGUAGCUGUUUGGCGCUGUCACAUGGUCGGCCCCCGGCAGACAAAGUAUCUCUCUGCCGGUGUUUUCGUGUGGCUCGAUUUUGUGGAAGUUGUUUUCUGGCCGAUGUCUGUCCAGCCAUUCGACCAACAAAUCCGCUUUCUUGCACUUUCGCAGUGGCACUACAGGAACGCUUUUUGGCAUGGCUCUCACUGAAUUUUUAUCGAAGUUACAAUGUGGCUUACAGCCUUCAAGUUCAAGACUCCUCCUUUGCGCUGCGUAGUGCAAGCUACUCAUUGCUUCCAACUGUGCCAGUCAUUUGCUGUGAUGAUCGGGACUUGAACUUCUUUGGAGUUGAAGGUGACAAUGCGUGGAGAAAA